UUUUUGGCUUGUUUGUUCAUACAGGGUCAAACUUCCUGUCAUCCUUAUUGGACUCAGUUUGGCUCUCGCUGUUUUGCUUUCCACAUCCAGACAAAGACCUGGAUGGAUGCAGAGAUCUUCUGCGAGAUCACUGGUGGGAAUCUGGCUUCCAUCCACUCAGAUGCAGAACAUACAUUCAUCAAAAACUACAUUAACCAAGUGACCGGUGCACAGAAACCUUCCUGGAUCGGAGGCUCUGACGCAAUGGAGGAGGGUACGUGGAUGUGGUCUGAUGGAUCCAAAUUCAACUACAAAAUCUGGAAUGUGGGGGAGCCUAAUAACUCCGGUGGAGCAGAGAACUGUCUUUUGAUGAACUCGGGUGCAGCAAACUGGAACGACGCGGCUUGUACCUACCAGGCUUCUUUCGUGUGCUCCAAGAACAGCGUGUAACACUAACCCACCAUCAUGAUGCCUCUACAGCUCAUCUAUAAUCUCUAUCAUUGAUUCACUUUCAGUUUGUUCAGCAGACAGAAACAGCUCUCUGCUGACAGAUGACUCACUUUCACUUGUUUAUUAUCUGAAGAGUUAGGGAACAGUUCACAUUUGGGUUUAAAAUUAGA